AUGGCAGUCAGUUGGCGUGAACGAGUAGAUACAGCGUCCGCUAUCAAAGGCAUCCUUGAUAGCUAUCCAAGCAACUCUAUUUUACGCGAAAUUCUGCAAAAUUCAGAUGAUGCUGGAGCAACCAAACAGAUAUUUGUUCUAGAUCAUCGCGAACAUGGAACCAAAAAUGUCGUCGAAGAUGUCCUCAAGCGUACUCAAGGUCCAGCUCUACUUGCAGUCAAUGAUAGUGUCUUUACCAAAAGUGACUGGGAAGCGGUCCGCACUAUUCAUGGUUCAAAUAAGUCGGCAGACGAGACUAAAACAGGAAAAUACGGAUUAGGAAUCCGAGCGUGCUAUCAUGUUACUGAUAACAUCCACAUCCUCUCUGGAAACCAACUCGUUAUCUUUGAUCCUCAUGAGGAGUUUCAAACUCACCCGGGUGGCCUUGCACUCUCAUUGAACAAGGCAGACCCUUAUCAGGACCAAAUCUCAGCUUUCUCUGGUGCUAUCCCAGAUAUCCCGCACAGUUUCUUGAAGGCCACUGUGGUCCGAUUGCCGCUUCGUACGACUGUCGAAGCUCAAAGGAGUAAAAUCAAGCCCUCGAUUGUAUCAACCUCCGAUAUCCAGGUGCUUUAUCAAAGUUUUAUUCAAAAUGAACUCUCCGUCGCGCUCUUGUUCCUGAAGAACAUCAUGUCCAUUGAGCUUCGAGAAAUUACACGCGAAGGACUAGACACCCUCGUCGCCAAGGUUGAAAUAUCCAACACAUAUAUUGCUUCCCUCAGGCAAUUCAUGCCCGGACACAACGACCAUUCCGAGAGCUACAAGCUUGACAUUUCAACUACUGUUGGCGGAAAUACCCCAUUCCUCCAGAACUGGCAUGUCGUCCACGGUGUUGUCUCUGAAACUUCUGUUAAGGCAAUGAUGACAACUCGUCUCGGUUAUGAUGUCGGGGAACGUCUACGAAAAGACAAGCUGUCAUCACACGUGGCGCUGGCACUUCCUUUGUCCCACAAAGUUCAAGGUCGACUUUUUACUCUCCUGCCUCUACCAAUUUCGACAGGUUUCCCGAUUCACGUUCACGGAAUAUUCGCUCUUACUCCUGACCGGCAGAGUCUUCGGAAUUCUGAAGAGCUAGGGAUUGGAACUGAAUCUCGCGAAAGACUUCUUGUGACUUGGAACCGUGUCUUUUUCGAAGAAUUGAUCCCCAAAGCUUGGGCCUCCUUACUGAUUUCUAAACUAGUUCAGAACAAUGAUGUAGAAAACAUUUGGGAUGCCUGGCCACCGAAACCAGAGGACAUUCUCAUCACGCCUGUGAAGUCUAUGCUUGACUUUGUUACUAAGGAAGCUCUUGCAAGCAGAGACAAAAUAUUUCCGGCUUAUAUUUCCGGGAAACGCAUUUUUAUUAGAUCCAGCGAUCCGGCGUUGAUAGCCUCAGUUUCCAAUGUUGGCCAGAAAGUGAGAGAGGCAGUUUCCAGGACUGGGAUUGCUGUCAUUGUGCCUCCACUUUACAUCUUCUCAGCGAUACGAUCAUAUGUUGGGUCUCAGGACCAUAUGUAUGAAUUCCACCUCUUUAACCCCCCAAAUCUUCACAGAUUCCUUCAAGAACCAAAUACUAUACUGGGAACGGACUCGGAUAAAGAUCGAAUUCUGGACUACCUUAUUGCGACAUCACCCGACUACAUUAUAGGCCUGCCUCUCAUUCCAACCGUCCAUGGAAACCGUAUUUCUUUGUCACAACCCACAGGGCAGUCAAAACGUUACAUUCUGGGUAGUGCUACUGAAGUGGAGCUGUUCCGUACAUGCGAGACGAGUAUGAUUGAUCUAUCCUCAUUGCCCGAAAACGCUCAGAGAUGGCUUGAGCAAUCGGACAUUGGGACAAAAUUGAAUGUUGCCCGGUUGGGACCAGAUAAUUUAAAGGUGUAUUUGAUGAAGCUCCUCGGAAUACACUCAGCCAAGGCUCGAAUUAUGCCUUCUUCCGUGCGACUUUCCCCCUCAUGGUUUCGUUUAUUUUGGGACUGGAUCGAUGGUCUACUUAAUGCAAUUGAUUUUUUGGAAACUGCAGCAUGCUUCCACCUACUCCUCCUGCUCGAUGGUUCUCUCUGCCCAGUCUCGGAAAAGGCAUUCAUAGUGUCUGAUGACCAGACAGAGCUUUUCAGAGUAUUGAAGGUUGCAGGCAUCCCUUUCCUGGAUCCACAUAUUGCAUCUACAAUGGCACUUUCCUGUCAUGGAUUCACGAUGUCUAUUGACAAUAUUCGAGAACUGAUAGGCUUCAUCGAUCCAAGUGACAUCCAGGGCCACAUAGAUUGUCUCAUCCUUCAAAGGCAUCUCAUUGGAUUAAUCCAACGCUCCACCCCUGUCUUGACUCCUGCUGAGCGAAUGGUUUUUCGUUCACUGCCGAUAUUUCCAAGACGUCUUCCUCAAAUUUCUGCACCUAUCACAGAACUAGAUUCCGUGACAGGUCAGCUGAAACUCGUCGCUGUCCCAGAUGACUUUCCACUCCCAAUUCUCCAGCAUGUGACCUUCAUCGACAUGUCGAAAGCUUCCAAUGUUCUUGGCCUGCUGAUUGAGCCAGAUGCUCCAAUUCUUAACGAAGUUGCCAUUAUGGCACUCUCUAUCCAGCAUCUUUCGGAGCAGCCAGAAGCAUUUCAAGAUCUCCUCGUGGCGAAAAUCAUCCCCCGUUUACUUGAGCUUACGCAAGAAACCCGAGAAGGACUUCGCCAUCAGCGGUUCGUCCCCGCCGUUGGUUCUUCAGGACGGGUGUCUCCAGCCGACAUAAUCGAUCCAAAUUCACUCCUCUCGGGGUUAUACCAAGACGAGCAGGGCCGAUUUCCAAUGCCGCCGUACUCUGAUCACAUACCCUUGUCAAUCAUGCGGACAGCGGGCUUAUAUUCUACAAAACUCUCAUCUGUGAUGCUAGAAGAGCGUAUCCAGUAUAUUUCAUCGGGAGGAUCAGAUCCUUCCCGCAUCGCAAAGGCGAAGAUCCUGCUUGGGUUAUUAUCUGACAGCGGCCAGUGGAAUCCUUCCUUCGUCAAGACUGUGGAGACUGAUGAUGAAACUGCCUGGAUACCAAACACCGUAAAUACGUUGGUUUCAAGACAGAGAUGUAGGGACGUGAAUUCAGGAGAGCACCACUUCCUCUUUGAUUUUGUCCUUGACAGUGUAGCUUGCAGAGUUUCUAAGGAUGUUCGAAGUGCUCUUGGCUGGGAAUCAGAGCUCUGCUUCGACAUUCUAUACCAACAAUUCCAAGCUACACUUGAACGCUCGAAUGUGACUGACCGUUAUGACCGAUUAACACAUCUCAUCAAAUAUAUUGCAAAACAACAUCUAGAUGGAACGUUUACAAUGGGCAACAUCUGUGCCUUACAAACUCUAGUUGAAGGUCGCCGCUGGAUUCCUCUUUCCGAUAACAGCCUAGGAUUGACUCAUCAUGCACUGCUAACCUCCAAUCUUAAAAUUGGGAACAUGUUCCAGUCCAUUCGGUCAACCAUACUUAGAUCUGAUAAUCGCAGUUGCAUCGACUUUUUGCGAGCCAUGGGCUGCACCGAACGACCAAUGAUGAAUGCACUCAUCGAAGAUAUCCCUAAUUCCGAAACUCUGGAUGAACUCGUAGCAAUCCUAUCAGAGCUAUCUUCACGCGAAGGCGAAAUAGAACAAUCUCUGCGUGAACGUAUAUUCGUUCCAGAUCACCAAAACGCUCUGAGAAAGCUAUCUGAAAUCUACUUCAAUGAUAUGAACUACACUAUUCCAACUGAUGACCUUUACCCUCUCCAUCCAGCGAUUUCGAAAACGAUUGCAUCAAAUUUAGGUGUUCCCUUUUUAUCCUCUUUGCAGCUCGACGAGCAGGAUGACCUGGACGUGGAUGAUGAAGACAUGUCCGAGUCAUUGAUCUUGCGCAUCAAGAAUGUGCUUGUUGCCUAUGAUAAGCGAUAUGCAUUCAAUGAAUUUCUUGCCAAUGCAGUGGAUGCUGAUGCUUCUCGCUUCAAGGUCCUCCUCGAUGCCAAGCGUUUCAAUGGUGAUCCUAUUGCUUUACCGAAUUCCAUGCUUUGCCCAGAGAUGGCAGCCUGCCAAGAGGGACCGGCACUGGUUCUUCAUAAUGAUGCAAAGUUCUCGGAAGCUGAUUUCAAAGGCAUCAAAUGUAUCGGAGAAGGUGGAAAGCAGGAUCGAAAUGGAACAAUUGGCAAAUUUGGUUUAGGUGCUCUGUCUUUCUAUCACUUCUCCGAGAUCGCCUUUAUCAUAUCCGGAGAGUUUAUCCUCAUUUUGGAUCCCUCGGCGGCACAUUUACCCAAAAAACAACGUCAAAUGCGGCGCUCCAUUCGUUCUAGAUUGACGCAAUUUCGAAAGCGGACGGUAUAA